CCGCCAUUUUGGGUCCACUUGGCUGACAGCAUGAAGGAACUUUAUGACUGAUAGAUAAUAGAGAAAAUUCGGCGGGUAUUCCCGGACACAAUAUUGUGUAGUAUUGGAAUCGUCAGAGUUAUCGGCAAGUAAAUUGCAAUUUCAAGAUGCCUUGCUGCGUUGCAGUAAAUUGUAGCAACAGGUCCGAAAAAGGUUGGAAAUUAUUCAAGUUCCCAGUAAGUGAUCGGCGAGUAAAGUGGGUGCAAAAUAUACGACGCGGAAAUAAUUGGACACCAACUGAGGCUUCGCGUUUGUGUGAAAAACAUUUUGAAAAUUCACAAUUUGAAAGACAUCGAUCCGAUGGUCUGAGAAAGUUGAAACCAAAUGCCAUCCCAACAUUAUUUGACGUACCAAAUCCGCCACCCAUGAUCGAGCCAUCUCCGCAGAAAUCACUGUAUAAAAAUCCUGAAAAACAUGCUGCUUUCGCCAAUUCAGAAGCAGCGAGGCUUGCCAAACCUGAACAGGAGAAAUUGACAAAUGCCGAAUAUAAAAAUAUGCCGAGAAAAGAGCCUGAGCUUAAUCAUGUACCAGAACUCAUAGAUAUACCAAGAAUUUCAGAAAACGAGGUAGACGAGCUAUCACAACUGAGGCGUGAAAAUGAAAAAUUGCUAAAGCAAUUGCAAACAGAGCGAGUGGACUUACACGAGUUGGCGGUAGAGAAUCAGAAAUUACGGGACCAAAUAAACGCCAUCGAGAAAACAAGGCAAUCCUUCUUAAAUGACGAUCAAAUUAAAUUUUUGGAGCAAGGUCGAAUAUUGCACUGGCCCACAACGACAGUAUUGUAA